GAGAGAGAAUAUUAUUUGAAAUCUUUUCUUUUCAUUUUGCAUCCAAAAACCUCUAAAAUAUUUCUGAAUCUGCAUCCAGUUUCGUGGGAAAGAAAAUUGGGGCUUUCGCUCGAUUCUCGAUGGAGAAAAUCAGAAGAGCCUCGCAUGCAGGAUCUUGGUACACUGAUAACCCACAAAAGUUAGCAGAAGAGCUUGAUGGAUGGAUUAGGGCAGCUGGCUUACCUAAAUCUUCUGAUGUAAGAGGUGUAAUUGCUCCGCAUGCGGGUUAUUCAUAUUCAGGUCGUGCUGCUGCAUACGCUUUUGGAAACAUUGACCCAACAAACAUCACGUGGGUAUUCCUUCUUGGUCCAUCUCACCAUUAUUACACUCCAAAAUGUGCUCUCUCGACAGCUACAGUUUACCAGACACCAAUAGGGGAGUUACCUAUUGAUUUGGAAGUUAUUGAAGAACUGAAAGCCACAGGAAAAUUUGAAUCAAUGAAUCUCCGAGUAGAUGAAACUGAGCAUAGCAUGGAAAUGCACUUGCCAUAUCUUUCAAAAGUGUUCGAGGGGCAUCCAGUGAGAAUCGUACCUAUUUUGGUUGGUGCUCUUAGCGAUGAAAAUGAAGCAAUGUACGGAAAUUUGUUGGCUAAGUAUAUUGACGAUCCUCAUAAUUUCUUCUCCAUCUCAUCAGAUUUUUGUCACUGGGGUUCUCGGUUCAAUUAUAUGCAUUAUGACAAGAAGUACGGGGCCAUACACAAAUCAAUCGAGGCCUUGGACAAGAUGGGUAUGGAUAUAAUAGAAACAGGAGAUGCAGAUGCAUUCAAACAAUAUUUAUUGGAGUAUGACAACACAAUCUGCGGACGUCAUCCGAUCAGUGUUUUUCUUCACAUGCUGAGGAACAGCUCGACAAAAAUUAAGAUCAAAUUCCUACGAUAUGAGCAAUCGAGUCAGUGCAAAACUACGAGAGACAGUAGCGUGAGUUAUGCAUCUGCAGCAGCAAAGGUGGAUGCUUAAAUAUGUAACCGGUGUGAACUAACGCAAUUUAAAAAACUCAGCUUCAUUCGAAUGUAAUGUUGGACUUGCAUUUGCAACA